UGCGCGGCUGCGGGGCCGCCCGGCCUGACUUGCCCCGUAUGCUUGGACGCUGUUGCAGAGGGAAGCACUGUCAUGACCUUGCCCUGUCUGCAUCAGUUCCAUGCUGCGUGCGUGACGCCGUGGCUGCGGCAGCAGGGCCUUUACGCCACGUGUCCCAUGUGCAAG